AUGCAUACAAACAAUGUCUCAGACUUAUCGGCAAUUAUAACUGAUAAAAAGACUACUUCGACUGGUGCAGAAAGACGAAAAAAAAGACCUGCUCCUCUAUCACCUAAUUGUCAAGCAAAGCAAGGUAUGGCUGAUCAUUAUGCAUCCGAAGAACGAACUCCGAAUGUUACUGCAAAAUAUGUUGGUCAAUCAAUAUGUGUUAAUGUGACUGAGACAGCUGUGAAAGUUCGCCCAAACGUUCAAGUGUUGCUUAAACUUGCUGAUGAAGAAUUGCUUCAAAUAGUGAUUAAAAUCGAAAGCGAAUGUCCACAAUUAUCUUCCUCUACAAUUUGA